AUGGAAGACUUUGAGGAGACGCCCGGCAACAAGCCGCUGCGAUUGCCCAAGAAGGCAGCACGAGUUAAAAAUAAGGCUCCAGCGGAUUUACAAAUAACAGCGGAGCAACUGCUGCGAGAGGCCAAAGAGCGUGAUUUGGAGAUUGUCGCGCCACCUCCGAAGACGAAAAUCUCGGACCCUGAAGAAUUAGCGGAAUACCAGAGGAAACGGAGGAAGGAAUUUGAGGACAACAUCCGAAAAAAUCGUUCGCAAAUAGCAAAUUGGGUAAAGUAUGCAAAAUGGGAAGAAAAUAUUGGCGAGCUUCAAAGAGCUCGUUCGGUGUUUGAACGCGCUUUGUCCAUGGAUCACCGCUCCAUCACCCUGUAUCUUCAGUACGCGGAAAUGGAGAUGAGGAACAAGCAAAUCAACCAUGCACGAAAUCUGUGGGAUCGAGCAGUAACAACUUUGCCUCGAGCUACGCAAUUCUGGCUAAAAUAUUCGUACAUGGAAGAACUGAUUGGAAAUGUUCCUGGAGCAAGACAGGUUUUCGAACGUUGGAUGGAAUGGGAACCUCCAGAACAAGCCUGGCAAACUUAUAUAAAUUUUGAAUUGCGUUACAAGGAACUUGAUCGCGCACGUUCCAUCUGGCAGCGAUUUCUCCAUGUGCACGGAUAUGACGUGAGGCAUUGGCUGCGUUAUGCAAAAUUUGAAGAACGGUUUGGAUAUAUCGGCAAUGCCCGUGCUGUAUAUGAACGAGCAGUGGACUAUUUUGGCGACGAGCAUUUAAGUGAAACGCUGUUGAUCGCAUUUGCGCAGUUCGAAGAACGGCAGAAAGAGCAUGAAAGGGCGCGGUUAAUAUACAAGUACGGAUUGGACCAUCUGCCGGCCGGGCGAACACCUGAGAUUUAUAAAUUUUAUACAAUUCACGAGAAAAAGUAUGGCGAGAGAACCGGCAUAGAGAAUGUGAUCGUUAGCAAACGUCGUCAUCAGUACGAAAAGCAAAUUGCGGAAAAUGCGUUCAAUUACGAUGCGUGGUUUGAUUAUAUUCGUCUCCUACAAAACGAGAGGGUCAGCCGUGAAGAAAUGGAGGAUGCAUUUGAGCGAGCCAUCGCGAAUAUCCCA